AUGGACCCGCCGCCUCCAGCGGCCGCCGGCGCGAAAGGAAGGGAGAGCGCCAAGAGCCCGGAUAGAGCUGCCCCCGCCGCUGAUGGGAACGACGCCCCUUCCGCCGACGGGAGCAGCGCCCCUUCCGCCAACAGGAACGGCGCUCCUUCCCCCCCAUGGCCCGCCCCGCCGCGGAGCGCCGCGGGAGAUGCAGUCCGGCCGCACCGCACCCGGGCGGCGUGCUCGGGGUACGGCCGGCACCGGCACCGGGGAGACGCGGCACAGCCGGUCUCGGUCCGCACCCACCGCCUCAGGAGCCGCGGCCCGGCUCGAACGGCCCCGUCACGGGAGCCGCGGUCGGGUACCGCCGGCUCCGCUCCCAACCGAACUCCUCGGCCGCGCCAACGUUGCGAGGGAUCCGUUGUUUUAGCGAAAAUCCCUCCCUUGAAAGUCUCUCCCGCAUCCGCGCCCCGUUUUCGGAGAGGCUCGUGUGGCUCAGCGAGGAAGGAGGGAUCAGACAUGGUCAAAGCUACACCCCAGCAUGUGUUCAACUCUGGGAAGUGGCCUGAAGCUGAUUCUCCAGACCAACAAUCUUUGGUUUAACUGAGCUGAAACUUCAAUUCCGCAUUUGUAGGAGCAGAAUCUGUAAUGGCAUCUAAAGAAAAAUUAAAAUGGGUCUUUGUUCAGAUUAAA